UAGUUUCUGAUCAUAAAGACAGAACCUGGUUUUGACACGAGGCAACAAAAGGCUCCCCGUGGACUUUAUUGUGAAGGCGUACCCCGGAAGCCCAGCGGGUUAUUUGCCGCCGACCUGACACAGCUUCCUGCGAACACACGGUUCCUGGGCGAACAUGGUGGCAACUUGACAACGGCGUCGAUAUGAGGACGGUGAGGGCUUGAAGACGAGAGGAGGUCCGUCACAGGCUGCGGGCCCACCCGCCGACACCACAGGAGAACCGCUUCGCCAUGUUGGAGGAGGGCAGCGCACGACAGAGGCCGGGGGAAACGUAAAGGCGUCGGGGAGUGUUUGUGAAAACGACGCGCAGAGGAGGACAGCGGCUUCACCGGUCAGCCAUGGAGGAUGCGGCCCGUGGUCGCCAGCGCCUGAUUCCCCAUCCGAGCCCCGCUGCUUUCCAUGGGAAUUACCGGUGAUCGCGAAGGCCAGCCGGGACAACCCACCGCCCGACACCCGAGGGGAGGCGAACGCGGAGCCGACCCCACGUCAAUGACUGUUGCGGCAGAGGAGCCCCCACGGUGGCCGGUUCCCAAAAUAUGACCAGGGGUGCUGGGACGUGUUGGCAGCAAGAAGAUGACGACGGCUUCCAAAUCUGGCUAGAGCCCCCCCGAGACAACCAAAAGCCAUUCACCGACUCGGAGAGGGCGCAGCGAUGGCGACUGUCCUUGGCAUCCCUGUUGUUCCUCACCAUCCUGCUCUCUGAUCACCUGUGGUUCUGCGCCGAGGCCAAACUGGUCCGCACCCGGGACAAGUUCUCCUCCUCCUCCUCCUCCGUGCGCCUCUCCCCCCAGACCCACUCAGCGCACCCCAGCCUCAGAGGAAACCCAGAUGCUAUUUUUAUAGGAAACUCCACCAAACAUUUGUGGCGCCUCGAAACUUGCCACCGGGAUAGUUUAUCUAAGAACUGCUUCGCUAUCGCGGACGCCGACCAUCUGUGCAGGGGCCUUUCCGACCAAGAGGGGACGCGGGCGGCUGUAAAUAUGAGCGAUUUGUACCUUUCCUUUUGUAACUCCUACUCGCUGCUGGACCUGUUCUACGGAUCGACGAGUCCGGACAACCUGAACUGCAGCCUCGACGUGCUCGGCGACGGCGACACGAGCCGGUGCAGCCUGUGCGUGCAGGCGUACCAGCGCUAUGACCAGCACGCCCAGGAGAAAUACGAGGACUUUGAGCUCCUGAGUCAGAAAUACGAGCCGGAGGCAUAUUCGGUGAGGACGUGCAUGGAGCAGUGCAAGACGGCCUAUAAGCCCUGGCUCUGUGCCCAGUACUUCCCCACCACCCAGCAGUCGUGUAAGAAGAAGGUGCCGUGCCGGCAGUACUGCCUGGAGGUCCAGCAGAGCUGUCCGUUCAUUCUGCCGGAUAACGACGACCUGAUCCACGGCGGCAGCCCCAGCUUCAUCUGCACAGGACUCUUGGGAGAUCAUCCAUCAGACAGCGACGCAGAGUGUUGUGACGUCCGAUGGGACUCCAAAAUGGACAGCCCUUCUGGCGGGACUUUAAAAAGGACUGCGUCUUCCUGUCAGCCCGAGGGGGCCUCGGUCACCUCCGCUGCCUCCCCGAGACUGUGCAGCGGGCGACUGAAGAUCUGCCUGCUGGCCCUCGUCCUCCUACACACUGUUAUCGUCAUUUCAGCCUCCCAUAACUCCACAUUGGUGGGCAUGGCUGCCUUUUUCUCGCCAGAGGAGAGUGCUUCUAACGAGGAGUGAACCUUGGGGUCAAAUCAAGGUCGGAGCUCGUAAAGAGUGAUGUCGCUCGAGAGGAUUUUACGGCUUUUACAGUGUCAUGGCCGCCGGGGACACGUCUGGCGAGACGCGGUGGGAAAUGCCUCUUCGAUCUGCCGCUGAUGAACCAUCAACCACAGGAAGUGGGAGGGUUUUAACUGGAGCUAAGGGUGCUGGGACUGGACAUAGACAAACCAAGACGUUUGAGAACCACCCUAAAGAACUGACCUCUCGCCACUUGAAACCUGCUCAUUGUUUCUAUUCCAUCCAAAUGUUUUCUAGCAUAUUGUCCCUCCUCUCCUUCCCUCGCUUCCUUCCCUUCCUUUCUUCCCUCUGUUUUCAGUGUGUGUGUGUGUGUGUGUGGGUGGGUGGCAUCUCAGAUCUUUUCUAGAACCCGACGAUUCAUCAGCUUAUGUUUCUGCAACUAUUGAAACUUUUAUUUUACAGAAUAUACAAAGCAGAAUAUGUUUAUUUUCUUAAGUCAACUUCAACAUAUUUGGUCGUCUGUGCGUUUUCUUUUUUAUGGUUAAUUGGUAAAAUAUGAAGCCUCAGUUCCAUUUCCUUUGCCGAUAUAUCGGUAUUUGGAAUCUUUUACUGCCUCACAUUGGUUUCGGUCGGGCUCUAAUCAUCCCUCUUCACACUUUGACUGCUUUUCGGUGCCAGAAUGUUUUGACAUAUCAACUGUUUCACUUCCUUCUCCACCUCCUGAACUACCUUGUGUGUGAUGUGCUGGAGCUUCUGCCAGGACCAGCUCAUCUCUCCUCACGUGGGGUCUCUGAAAACAAAUAGAUCUUUGUGAUUCCUCUUCUCUCCGAUAUCCAGCUUGGGUUUUGUCCCACGAGAUCCGUUUUUCAACCAAUGACGUGACACGCCUCCAUGUUGUAGGACCUUAAGUGCUCUGAGACUGGUCCACUCGGUCUCCUCGGACUCGUCGGGCCGUGGAGCGAGUUUGGGGGAUGACGGUUCAGCUCGUGGUUACAGGGUGGUGACGUCAGGAGGUGGAGCGGUGGUUAAGCGGUUUACCUCAGACAGCGGAGUCGGGUAUUUACAGUUGUCAUACAUGUGACUGUGAGGACAUGCAUGAAGUCAAAAUACCAGGGGCCUCAUUUAUCUGCCACACGAGUUUCUACAAACAGGAUCCAACAGUUCAUUCAGGUUUUUGUUUUAUUCACUUAGAACAUUUAUCUCUUAAUUGUUUAAAUAGCACUUUAAACCACAGAGUUUAUUCCUUCUAUUCCACAUAUUAAGACGACUUGGACGUUCAAAGGGAUUUCUGUGCCCACAGUAGAUCUUCUGGUGGCGUCUGUAUUCAAAGUGCCUUCAUGUGCACAUGUGAACAGAUGAGAUUUGUUAAAUCCUCCAUAUUCACAUUGAGAACUCGUCCUGUGCCUGGUUUGAUAGAUGAGGCCCGUGAGGCAGAUCGUGGCCGUGGAGCAGAAUCGAGCAGGAAACAGCCGGUGUGAGCGUUCGCUUCGUGGCCGCUCCGCUGCAAGUGUCCAAGAACCAAUCAGUCAAUCAAUCAACCUGUCGACUCUCCAUGUCCCUCACUGGCAAAGGGCUGUGUAAGCGCACGAGCAGUGGGAGGAGUUUUAAAGGGCUGAUCUAUCCCGUUGUGUUGUGUUCUUUUCCUGCAUGGCCGCUGCUGCUGCUGCUGAAGUGCACGUUGACCAUGAGGACAGGUCA